AUGACGACGACGACGGAGGCGAUCUUGGCGGUGUCCGAGGAGGUGCUGAACGGGACGACCUCGAACGAGACACUGACGGGCGAAGUGGACGUCGCGAACGGGACGUCGGAGGCGCAGUUCUGCGGGCCGGGCCUGCGGCACUUCCAGGCCGGCUACCGCGAGGUGCACGCCUACCUCAGCCUGCUGGUGUGCGUCUUCGGCUCGGUGGCCAACUCGCUGAACAUCGCGGUGCUGACGCGCCGCGAGAUGGUGUCCGCCACCAACAGCAUCCUGACGGCGCUCGCCGUCGCCGACCUGCUCGUUAUGGUGGAGUACGUGCCGUACGCGCUGCACACGUACCUGCUGAAGCGGCCGCGCGCGCGCAGCUACACGUACGCGUGGGCCGUCUUCGUGCUGUUCCACUCGAACUUCGCGCAGGUGUGCCACACGGUGUCGAUCCUGCUGACGGUGGAGCUGGCCGUGUGGCGCUACCUGGCGGUGGCGCACCCGCGGCGCGGCCAGGUGGGCGUGGCGCGCACGCUGGCCGCCGUCGCCGCCGCCUACCUGCUGGGCCCGCUGCUGUGCGCGCCGCACUUCCUCGCCUUCGAGGUGGCCGAGGUGCGAGAGCGCGGCGCCACGCUGCACGUCGUGCAGAUGAGCCGGCUGAGCCGCGCCGCCGGCGGGCUGCUGGCCGACCUCAACUUCUGGGUGUACGCCGUGGCGGUGAAGCUGGCGCCGUGCGCCGCGCUCACGGUGCUCAGCCUGCGCAUCGUGGCCGCGCUGCUCGAGACGAAGCGCCGCCGCCGCCAGCUGUCCCUGGCCGCCGCCGCGCGCCAGCCGGCCAAGGAGCGCCAGACGGAGCGCACGACGCGCAUGCUGCUCGCCGUGCUGCUGCUCUUCCUGGCCACCGAGCUGCCGCAGGGCGUGCUCGGGCUGCUCAGCGGCCUGCUCGGCCAGCGCUUCUUCGCCCAGUGCUACCUGCCGCUGGGCGAGCUCAUGGACGGCCUGGCGCUGUUCAACUCGGCCGUCAACUUCGUGCUCUACUGCAGCAUGAGCCGCCAGUUCCGGGUCACCUUCUGCCAGCUCUUCCGGCCGCGCGCGCUCGGCAGGUGGAUCCCGGUCGAGGCGUCGCACGACGCCAACACCACCACCAACAACGCGACGCAGGUGACGCAGCUCUAG